GCAUAUCCAAAUGGAUGUGGAGCCCGGGACAUUUAUUGCCAGCUGGGAAUUGCAAGUAAAUGACCUUCAAACCCGAUAAGCGAAAACAAAACAAGCGAAAGUGCUAAAAAUAUCCAUAAUUUUCAGCGCACGAGACAAAAGCCCCACACAUGCACAUGAAAAUAUGAUAGGACAUGAAACACACCCACAGUCACACACACACACACACACACAUACACACGCAAACAAGCAUGUUCGGGGCAGGAAAAGGCGAGCCGAGUAAAUGAUAUUUCUGCCGGCUCGAUGCCCCGAUGCCAAUGCUUCUGUGCCUCCGACCCGCACAUAAAUACAAAUUUCAACAAAACAACAGGCCACAAAACAAAAAUAAACCCACAAAAAAUAAGCGAUGAAAGCAAAAAGGCGCAAUGUUGGCAACAACAAAGCAGCCAGUAGAAAAAAACAACACGGGCUAGGCAAACAUUUCAUAUCGUGGAAAUACUUUGGAGCCAAAUAAACAACAUUUUGUAGAAGCACAAAAAAAGGCAUAACAAACAGUUAAAAGGGAAAAUGGCUGGCCUGCGGGGUUCUCGUGGGCCUCGGGUUACUCUUUAUUUGAUUAAGAUAAAUAUUUGAGGCCAUCCAAUAUGUACAGCGAUUUUCAGUGGGAAUUUGAGGAGAAUGAAAUCAAAAAUUAAUAGAGUGGAUUUAAUAAAUGAAAUAGGAUAGCCUGUUAAAAUAAGCAUCCACUUUAUUGCGAGGUAUUAUGGCUCCUACAACCGACGAAAGUGAUAUUUAAUUUAUCGGAGAUGUGUAGCAAAAUUCACAUACCUUGAAAGAUCCUUAACAUUUGUGGAGUUGAAAUAAGGAACACCGAGCUCGAAAGGGUAUAUCCGCAAAGGGUCUGCCUGCUCGACCUUGGCACAACGACAGUUCUUGUUUUAGAUUAGACCCCUCCCCCCUCGCAACCCCUUGGCCCCCAGAACUCGGCCAUUUGGAGCCCAUCGCGACUUGUAGCCGAGCCACACGCCAACAGCAACAAAGGGAGUCAGGCAAAACUUUACGCAUUUUUGUCACAGAAACGAGUUGGAAGGAAACGAAAAUGAAAACGGAGGCGCAAGGAAAAGUGCUGAAAAUGGGGAAAGUGCCCGAGUGGCAAUCGUAAAUUUGACGCACAUUCUGCCCGAGGGCGGAGAGAUAAGCUUAUGAAUGGCUGUAUAGGAACUCACCCCAUUUCCACACAUAAUGUGGAGAGACUUUUUUCCAGGAUUUCUUUUUGGUUUAUGAUUAAAUUAAGUAAUUAUUUGUGGUGCGGCGCCAGCUGAAAUGAUAAAAAGUAUUCAACUUGUGGCAGCCGCGGCGAUAAAACUGGAUUUACAGCGGCCAUAAACUGCGUGGCGGCACUUGAACUAUGUUUUUGUACAUUUAUUUCGAAUUGAAGAGCACCAUAACGCAUACGCACUGUAGUCCCUGAAACAAACUAACCAGCUUUACUCACACCAGUCGCCCACACCCACACUCACACUCACACCCUCACCCACACUAACAUCACCGAGCACUAGAAAACUUAAAUGGGAAAAUCGAAUCAACAAGCAAACUUUUUCUAACAUAUGCAAAUAUUUUCUCUCUCUCUUUCUCUUUCUUCCCCUCCCCCGCCCUCUUUUCGCCCCUUUACUUCCAUGCCUCGCAAUGCAACUACUACAAAACUACAAUGCAAACGGCAGAGCGCAAUUCCAAAGCCCGCCGACCAUGCCCCUGCAGCAGGAGUGAGCUGCCCCUCGAACCCGCCGCCCACUGCGUUCUGCAAACUUUGGUUGCAGCAACAGCAGAAGCAGCAGCAGCACCAGCAGCAGCAACAACAACAACACCAGCCCUCCCAGCAGCAACAUCAGACAACCCAGCAGCAACACCAGCAACAGCAGCAACAGCAGCAACAUCAGCUCUCGCAGCAGCAACAGCUCUUCGAGCAGCAGCAGGCCUGGCUCUAGGAAAGAACAAACACGCACAACAUGUAAGUGGAAAGUUAAAUGGAAACUACAUGCGGGCUCAGCGUCAACAAAGGAGGAGCAACAAUAAACAACAUUUGAAAGCCGCCGGGACGAAAGUUGGCUCGGAACUUUCCGCCAGCACGUUGCGUUUGCAAAUUAAAUGCACAUUACGCCGACAUGUAAAUAGAUAAUGCUGUACAUAGGCAAGUUCGGGUGGAAACUUCAUCGCGGAAGAGGAGGAGGAAGCCCAGUAAUCUUAAGACGCGAAUAAUCAAAAAGCCAAAAAGCAAAUGUAUCUCACAGAUAAACAACAGCGUUUGGAGGCCUGUAGGACAAAAGCGGAGAGCGAAAAGCAUAAAAGCAAAAUAAAUUGUGCGUUAAUGAUAAGCGGCGCACAUUUCAGCGGCAUAAAAUUUAUUAAAAUAUGCGCACGAGCCAGACAACGCGGAAAACUUAGGAAAAGCCAGGCCCCCAAAAGUAGGCAGCACAAAACAGGCGCACACAGGCACACACACACACACAGUCACAGAAAGGACUCUGGCCGGAAAUCGUUGGCGAUAAAUAUAAAAUUUUAUUGUUGUGCUCCGUAUCUCUGCGAGUGUGCGAGUGUGUGUGUGUGUGGUGUGUCUGGUGCGCCUGGAAGUAAAUUAAAUAUACGUUUUUAUUAACUACUAAGAACCAAUUUGAUACGCAUUUAAAUAAUGCCCCUUACACGAGAGCACACAAGAUUAUGUUAUGUAAAAUUAAAUUUUACUGCAGCCAGCAGCAGCAGCAUCAGCAGCAGCAACGAGAAAGCCAAAUAAAUGUAGAAGCCCAUAUGUGUAUGUAAUCUAAAUCUAAAUUUAAAUAAAAUAUAUUCGUAAAGGACACUCUAGCCGUAGCCCAACUACUUACUUACUUAUGCCAACAACGUCCACAGUUUCAAUAAUAUUUACGUAAGCGAGCCACUUUCGACCAUAUACGUUAAGCCCAUUUAGCCUAGUUUAAUCAUUCGCAACUAAUUUAAGUCCGUCCGUCCGGUGGUUGACCUCUGCCUACUUCGCUGACCCCUGAAUUGUGUAAAUACCCCUCGGUUAUCCAUCAACGCACAUUACUCACCGAUUUGUGCGGUCAACUAGAGCUACGAGUAGGAACGAAUACGGAAUGCAUAUGAAUAUUAUCGAUUAACACAUUUACAAUCUACUGCAUAUUGGUGUAAACUGCAAUCGAAGCGAAACUUAAAUAUAUACGAUUAAAUGUCUCUAACAAGAUUUUACCAUGAGUGUGUCACUUUUAUAUAUAUCUAAUAUAUACAAUAAAACUACGAGUAAAAAUAAACUGCAACGACAUUUUAUACAAACA